CCUCCGAUCCAUAGUCGCCACUUAAAAACUAAUUACCCUUUCUCCUAAUCUAUACAAAUGGCCUCUUCAACAGAAACAAAAACAAAAACCAUGGCUCUGAGGCGCAGAACUCAAGCUCCAAAUCCUUUUUUGUCCCCUUCUCCGUAUGCACAUAAUUUAGAAGAUGAUGAUGAUUAUGUUUGGUGCCAGGAAUGUGGGUCUGGGCAAUCUCCAGCGGAGCUGCUUCUCUGUGACAAAUGUGAUAGAGGGUAUCAUCUGUUUUGCUUAAGACCCAUUUUAGUUUCUGUCCCUAAAGGGUCUUGGUUUUGUCCUUCUUGUUCCCUCCAAAAGAAACCCAAGUCCUUCCCCCUUGUUCAAACCAAAAUCAUUGAUUUUUUUCGCAUUCAAAGGUCUACCCAGUCGACUCAGAACCUCGGUCAAGAGAGCUUGAAGAAACGAAAGAGAUCUAGUAGCUUAGUGUUGUCGAAAAAGAGAAGGAAGUUAUUGCCGUUCAAUCCUAGUGAUGAUCCUGAAAGGAGAUUGGAGCAAAUGAGAUCACUAGCCACUGCAUUGACUGCUUCUGGAACAAAAUUUAGCAAUGAACUCACUUACCAGCCAGGCAUGGCUCCUAAGUCUGCUAAUUGUCCAGCUCUUGAAAGGGAGGGAAUGCAGGUAUUGCCAAAGGAAGAUAUUGAAACCUUAAAUUUGUGUAAGAGCAUGAUGGAUAGAGGAGAAUGCCCACCACUCAUGGUUGUGUUUGAUCCUCAUGAAGGGUUCACUGUAGAGGCUGAUAGAUCCAUAAAAGAUUUAACAAUAAUUACCGAAUAUGUUGGAGACGUCGAUUACUUGAUGAAUCGUGAAAGUGAUGACGGGGAUAGCAUGAUGACAUUGCUUUGUACUGCUAAUCCUUCAAAAAGCCUGGUGAUAUGCCCAGAUAAACGUGGAAAUAUAGCCCGCUUUAUCAAUGGAAUUAAUAAUCAUUCACUGGAUGGGAAAAAGAAGCAGAACCUUAAAUGUGUGAGAUUCAAUGUCAAUGGCGAGUGUCGAGUAUUGCUGAUUGCAAAUAGAGAUAUUAAGAAGGGAGAACGAUUAUAUUAUGAUUACAAUGGAUAUGAGCAUGAAUACCCAACAGAGCAUUUUGUUUAAGUUACCUUGUGUUUAAUUUAGGAAAAAAGAAAAGAAAAGGAAAAGAUUAAUGUAACUGCUCUGCAACUAACAAGCUAGUCACACAAUGCUGUACACAAGAACCAACGCAAAAAGAAAUCAUGGAAGAAAGAAAUUUUUGAA